UUCGACCGAGACGGCAAACGUACCUAGUUCGAUCCUUAUGACGAUGGCUUGAAGCGCGCUGCAUCUUGGCAAUCCGACAAUCCUGCCGCCUUAGUAGAAUCGGGGCUUUUUUUGGUUGCCAGCCCUUAGUUGUCAGCUUCAACCGGUGGUGAUUACCCUCGCGAGCGCGUCGCGAUGGCAUCUCCCGACUCUCCAUCUCUACCGACGCCGUUGUCACUAUCAGCAGUUUCUGCUCCGUUGGAUGAGAAACAUCCGCUGCCCCCUAGCCAACCCUCUCCUUCCGCUUUUGAGACCCUUCCGGACGAGAUCAUAGAACAAAUAUUGCAACUGACCGACCCCGAUUCAUUCGCUUCGCUCGUUCUUCUCAAUUCAAAAUGGAGGCGUAUCUCCCAGCAAGCUCACCUCUACGCACACCAACUCGCACGAUGUCAGUCGUUCGCUGCGAGCCACCCUGCUAUACCUGCCAAAUCAAUCGUUGAUGAUAACUUGCCAAACUUCCGCCGGACUUUUGCUCGCGAAGUGAAACGAAACCUCUUUCAAGCCUAUUUGCGACCCAAGAAAACCACCGUCAAGUUGAUUUCCAAUUCGAUCAGCUCAUCGUCUGCACCCGGUGGCGAAGGCAUGCAAUUCAGCCCCUCGCCUCGUGGCCAUCAUCUCCUUGCCUACAACUCGUCUCGAAUUUAUGUUUUAGAUGUUAGGGGUCCUAGCCUGGCUGUGAAACGCGAGCUCAAAAUCCUACGGCGACCGGUCUCAACAUGCAUUGUAGAUGAUGGUAGCUUUCUAGCCGUGUUGUCGACUGAUAUGCAAGUUGAUCUCUAUGACUUGAACCAAUCUCCUCCCCGUAGGAAGCAAUCUCUUAUUCUCGACAACACACCUCGGGCGAUGACACUAUCUCCUUGCGGUCGGGUUUUGGCCGCUGCGUACGAGGGGGGCAUUGAGGUCUCCUCUCUCAACCCUGGCGCUCUUCCGACUGAACGUAGAGCUGUCAAAUGCGACGGUGUAGAUGCCUUGUCUUUUUCACUGGACGGCACACAACUUUUGGGCACUACGGCGACUUCUACUACACCAAAUACCGUUAUACUGACGGCGCCAUACUAUGAUCCUGGUAGCCAGAUGGCAACUGACGACAUCAGUGCCCUCUGGACAACCUCUAUCCUGUUUCCAAAUACGAGCCGGGACUGUAGCCAUGCUGUACUCUUACAGGAGUCAAGUUCAAUGGAGGCAACAUGGACAUUCACUUAUGACAGGAGCUUCGAGACAUUUCGCGCCGUGCGAAUAGACGAUCUUCGUAAUGGUACUACUUAUUUUACAGGGCCCGUUCCUACAGCCACUUCACCAGGGCCACUAUUACCCUGUACAUUGCCCGCUGCCAACUACCAUGGAGAGCUGGUGUCUGCUGGAUUUCAGGGUAAGCACAUUUGGUUAUACGGUGUGCCCGAGGAUUUAGAAGCUAUGCCAGACGCUCACCAUCCCGUGGACUCGACGCCUCUACCUAAUCUCCACCGUCGAAGUAGUGGGCAUUCCGUUCGUUCCCCUUCGCGAACGCAAGAAAAUACUGGUUACCGCGUUCCGCAAUGGCAGAUCCUCUGUGACAAGUUGCGCAAUACAUUUGUUAAGGGACACAAGAUAGCCGAGUCAGGUGGUGUGAGUAAUGUCAAAUGGGUCUCUGGCUUUGGGGAAACGUCGGUUCAAGAACGUUUGAUCAUUGCAUCUAAAGGAAUCGUACCUGAUAGGCUGAUCAAUGAAGAGGAAGGUAUUGAUUUCGUUGAUGGUGGCAGGAUAACCAUUCUCGAUUUCGACUAUGGUCUGGAGAAUGGUGAAGAGGAAGAAGUGACCAUCGAAGUGGGUACCAUGGAGCCCGAAACCCUUGAAGAGGAGCAUCGAGAUAUAGACACGGAAGUUGCUAUAGUCCGAAGGAGGACUGUAGCCCAGCGGAGAGGAAAUCGAAGUGGUGUAAUACGCGCCACAACCACUAUCAAUCGCCAAGCUGAAGCUUUACUUCGGCCACAAGCUGCCGAGGAAGAUAUGGAAGACCCAUUAAUUCCCAGACGUAUGGCAACAGCUCGGGACCGGUCUCCACCUGUUCCAGAUGCUCUAGAUGAUGUAUCGUUGGAAGAAGCUCAAGAAGCACUCGAUGCCCCAUAUACACAUGCGAGCCCUCGGUCAGGUACGACUCUGCGUAGGGCAGCGACGGCUGCCGCUGUCAAUCGCCAGCGAAACCCACCUCCGCCAGCAGCUGGUCGUGUCGAAUAUAGACGAGCAGAUGGUCGAGCCGAGCAUCCUCAUGAAAGUGAUGCUGAUAACUGGGUGCCACCACCUCCCCCAUACUCUAAAGAAGACCCUGUAGUGGAUCUGCCUUCUUUCCUCCGCCACCCCCCCAUACCAGGAAUUGGACUUACGACUCGAAAUCCUUCCAACUCUGACGACAUACCACCAGUACCGCCAUUGCCCGAUGUCCUGCCGGGCCCCCGACGUCCAGUAGUCAGUGGAACGUCUACGAAUAGUCGCCCUGAACUACCACGCCUUCGCACAUCUUCUCUCCUGAAAGAAAGAUCGAGACAGGUCCCAGGAGGUAGUAAUUUACAACAGCCCACUAUGAAUGGUAGGACUUCCAGGAUAGAGGGUGAGAUUGGUACACGCUCGAGCGUCUUUGUUCAAACUAGUGAACCACGAUAUGAAGCUGUCGAUGCUGGCGACAUAUACGGUGCUUCUCCUAUUGGAACACCUUCCCCCCAAGACUCCGUUUUGCGAACGCAGCAGAUGUUAACAGUAACUCCGGAACGUGAGCCACCUUCUGUCGGAGCCCACUCAUUUUCGACAGGAUACACUCCAACUUCGUCCGGAUCUCAACCCUCUGAAGGUAUCAGCUCGGGAUCGGUUUUGCCCAAUCCGCCUGUUCCGAGUAUACCUUUGACGCCCACUGGUGCCCCCCUACCACGAGAUGGAGGCAACGGCCUAAUCGAACCUCCCCUUGUUGGUCGGUUACUGAACGCGUCAACCUGGCCAAGGGCACCUGGUGUUUCAUCAAAUACUCCAGGGUCUAUGCUGGCUGGCUACCCGCGCUCCGCUCCACCCACGAACCUCAACAAUGAACAAUUAAUAGCUGCAUCGCUACCGAUAGAGCCGGGACCAGAGCAAGUCAUUAAUCAAUACAAUAGAAGGGGCGAUACUGGGGCACCCCGCUCCGCGUCAGGCAGCACAUUACCUCCACGGACGACUGCUAGUGGACAUAGCGAGCACAGUAACACCUCUCGACGAUUUAGCCUCUUACAUAGACGACCGCCAUCUCCUCCCGAUCAGCCACUCAUCAUCAGCACACCAACCGGCGUAGCUGGGGCUUUUGACGUGUCUCAGCCAAGCAUCGCUGGCAACUCUUAUAGCCCAGUGCUUCAUGCUCCUGUCGCUCGCCAUCCACGACCAACUCCCGGACAUCCUCUGAGUCAACCCACAGUCGAGCGAUUGGAAACCAUCACCGGUAGCAGGCCUAGAGCCAACCCGGAGACAUUUGUUGCACCACCUGCCCCCUCCCCUCAAUUUAUUGCACGUCGCCAUGCUAGUGUGAGCCGCCGCCCAAGCCGGGCUCGACGUGGUGCUCUGAAGAACCUUCAAGAUGCAAGAGAGAGGGGUUGGACAGGACGCAAGAAAAAGAAAAAAGCAACCCAACAAGACGCGGCGGCAGCUGCGGGGGGUUGGACGGAUGUCCCACUCCCAUCAGAUGCUCCGCCAGCCCAUGCCAAAGACAAGAAAUGUGCAAUCAUGUGAUGAACGGCUAGCCGAGACAUGUUUGCGAUACAUUGGAUAUCAAAUUUCUCUUACACCAAAGCGGACGGUUACAUUUUCGUGUCAUGAAAGUUUUGAAGUAGGUACCUACCUGGCAUUAUGCAAUCGUUUUUUUGUUGAAAUCGGCGAUAUACCCAAAACUGCUGCGUUAUUAUCAUCAUUAUCAUUAUUUCGGAGGCAAAGACAGAUCCGCCGAGGGGUCGGACAGGAAAAAAAAUGUGUCUGGAAGCGGACUAUGAUUUUUGUUCGACUGUGAUAUAUUGUCCUUGUAUGAAAUAGUGGGAUUUCACUUGGAUAACUGGGGUUAGGUACUGGCGGAAUGGAACGGGAUGGGAUGCAGAGUCGCUCGCUAUCUAGAUAGACGUGUUCCCCUAUGGGACGGAGGGAGAGGGAUCUAUCAUCUUACCUACCUACCUACGUCUGGGAAGCCACAGAUAAGAGAUAAACAAAGACAUUUGUAAACUUGACUUAUUCGCUUGGCGGUUUUACAGUGUGAUUUCUGUCAAUCGUAGGUUUUGGCAACGAUGUAAAAUAUGAGAUGAGGUGA